UUUAAUGUGGACAAUGCAUGAUUUUCCAGCAUAUGGGAAUAUUGCCGGGUGUGUGACGAAGGGUAAAUUUGCAUGUCCUAUAUGUGGAGAAAAUACACAUUCUCUAUGGUUGAAAUUCAGUAGGAAGACUGUAUAUAUGUGCCAUAGGUGCUUUCUUCCACCAUCUCACCCCUUUCAGAAGAAAAAAUCAUGGUUCGAUGGAAAGGAAGAAAAGGGGAAAAAACCAAGAAUCAUGACUGGCAAAGACAUUUUGCAUGCUCUGAAAGAUUUUAAGAAUGAUUAGGGGAAAGGUGGAAAUGGAAAAGAAGGAAGCAAAAAACGAAAGCGAGACAGUGAAGAUAAACAAAUGUGGAAAAAGAGGUCAAUAUUGUUUGAUUUAUCAUAUUGGGAGGAAUUGCCAAUACGUCAAAAUUUAGAUGUCAUGCAUAUUAUUAAAAAUAUUAUUGAGAGCAUUAUUGGCACGUUGUUGGGUAUCGAUGGAAAAUCCAAGGAUGGUUUAAAUGCUCGCAAGGAUAUGCAACAUUUGGAAAUAAGGCACGACUUGCAUCCAGAAGAUCGUGGGUCUAGGACAUAUCUUCCUCCGGCUUCCUAUACACUUUCAAAAGAUGAGAAAGAAAUAUUUUGCAAGAGGUUAUUUGACUUAAAAGUGCCUGAUGGGUAUAGUUCAAAUAUUGGGAAUUGCGUAUCAAUGGACGAGUUGAAGGUCACAGGUCUCAAAUCUCAUGAUUGCCAUGUGCUAAUGCUUCAGUUGUUGCCUGUAGCCUUAAAGGGAUUACUACCAACGGGACCGAGAAAUGCGAUACUUCGCCUUUGCGCAUUCUUCAAUAGAUUGUGUCAAAGAGUAGUUGAUGGAGAAGAAAUGGCAUCCCUUGAGGUUAAGGUGGUUGAAACGUUAUGCAUGCUUGAGAGGUUCUUUCCACCUUCGUUCUUUGAUAUCAUGGUUCACUUAACAAUUCACUUAGGACGAGAAGCACGACUUUGCGGGCCAGUCCAUUAUCGUUGGAUGUACCUUUUUGAGAGACAUAUGAAGAUAUUCAAAGGAAAUGUUGGAAAUCAUGCACGACCUGAAGGUUGUAUAGCAGAACGUUACCUCGUAGAAGAGUGCAUGACAUUUUGCAGCCGGCACAUGAAGAAAUCUGUGGAAACAUGCCAUAGGGGACCUCGCAAUCAAGAUUUUGAGAACGAUGUAAUUCUCGAAGGUCGUCCAAUAUCAGCUGCCACAUCCAUCACAUUGACUGAUGAAGUUUUAGAAAGUGCACAUCGUUAUGUGUUAUUCAAUACAGCCAUAGUGGAACCUUAUUUGGAGUAAGUUUGAUGAAAUUUUGGUUGCAUAAUUCACAGAAUUUCGUACACAAAUAAAAGUUUGUACAGCCAUGUGAAUCACUUACUUGUUUGUUUCAUUUUCUAUUAGGAUUCAUAUGGAGGAGUUAAAGAAAUCGAAUCCUAGUCUUGGUCUUCCAAAAAAUAAAAGUUUACUUUUGAAGAGGCAAGCUGACAACUUUUCAAAAUGGUUGAAGGAAAAGAUUCAGGUAAAAGCAUGCGCAAAUAAUGAAUUGGAGAGACUACAAUGGCUUGCUAAUGGUCCUAGAAAGCAUGCCUUGAGUUAUACAGGCUAUAUCAUCAAUGGGCAGCGGUUCCACACAAAGGAAGUUGAGAAAUCAACCCAAAAUAGUGGUGUUUCCAUUGAUGCGACAACUCUGUGUAGAUCGAGUGUGAAGGACAAUGCACAAGUUGUUGAUGUAGUUUCAUACUACGGGGUGAUAAAAGAUAUAAUUUUGUUAGAUUAUCACACAUUUCAACUGCCAUUGUUCAAGUGUGAUUGGGCAAACAUUGGCCAUGGUGUUAGGAUGGAAGAUGGUUUUACACUUGUUAACCUUCACCAAGGUCAGACCCAAUAUGACAAAGAGCCAUUUAUCCUUGCAUCCCAAGCAAAGCAAGUUUUUUAUUCAAGGGAAACUGAUUCUUCGAAUUGGUAUGUUGUACUAAAGGCACCUCCUAGGGGCUUUUAUGACUUGGAAAUGUACGAAGAAACCGUGGAUACAUCUUGUAGGCCGCAAGAUGUUUCAGCACUUGGUAUGGACAAUGACGAUGAUGAUGAAAGGAUAACUAACAUUAGAGGAGAUUGUGAGGGUACAUUGAUUGAGGAUUUGUAGCCAUCGCACCUUUGUAACUUUUGGUUUUUCUUUGGAACUUUUGGUAUGUUGUAUUAAAGGCACUUGGUAUGUUGGAACUUUUGGAAGUCUUGUCAGGAUAUUUUUGGUUUGGAACUUUUGCUAUGUUGUAUUAAAGGCGCCUUCUAGGAUA